UAUAUAAAAACAAAACACACGGUUCUAAGAAGAGAAUACGAAAAACACUCGGAUAAACUUUCUGUUCGGCUGAUGACUCAUCUACUUCUAUCAUUUGCUAUCAACUACUUCAAUAUCUUUGCUCAGAUUACUAUUAUGUACAAGAUGUGCCUUAAACAGAAGUAAUUCAGUACUUAAGCAUGGAUGAGCGUCGUGUGGCCGACUACUUUGUGGUAGUUGGUCUAUCAGAAGAACCAGACAUUCUCGAUGACACAUCAUUGUCAGAUUCAGCACAUUUUAAGAGCGGGUAUGAUCAGGACCCAAUCACAGACAUUGGGAUUGUUUUUCCAUCUUUGAAUGAGGUUGUGCCACAAGGGUAUGAGGUGAUUGAGAGGACACCAAGUGGGUUGAGUGCUGAUUUGAAUCAUGGAAGUCUACGAAGCAUUGAAUGUUAUUUGUGCUUUCGGAGAGGCAGGGAUAAACCACCUUUGGUUGAUAUUGGUGUUAUGUACGAGGGAAAAGAGUUCCUAAUGAAAGAUGCUGGAAAAGUUGAAGAAAGUGUCGGUGGUAGAGUAGCCAAUGUAAAUAAUUCGGCUGCAUUGACAUUCAUCACAUAUCGAAGAGGCUCACCAACGAUGCCAUGCAACGCUCUUGUGGUGACGGACAUUUGCGUCGUCAUCGCCAGCAAAGGCGAAUCCCCGCCGCAUGCGUUCUGCUGCAUUAACAAAAACCUCAACAAGGGAAUCGUCGGCAGUGACGUGUUCCUCUGCUACAAAAAGUCCAUGAAUCGUUCGCGAUUAAUCACAUACAAUCCAUCCGUUAUUUCCAGGUAUCCAAUGGGUAAUUUGGAACAUUUCCCAUUCCCAGACUCCGUUCCAUUAUUCUGUUUGCCAAUGGGUGCUACAUUAGAAGUGUGGCCUGAAGAAGCAACACAACCCAAGCCUAUUUUCAGCACGUUUGUGCUUACAGUUUCCGAUGCGAAACACAAAGUCUACGGGUCAGCUGUGACUUUCUACGAGAAAUUCGCUGAUGAUGAGUUGAGUGAUGAACAAACCACCAAACUUAACUAUGAAAAAGGAAAAGGAUUUAAUUUACAUGCGUCGAAAAGUAUUUGUGUGCUUUCCCACUGGCCAUUCGCAGACACAUUCAGACAAUGGUUAUAUUUUCUUUAUAAUAUGGUUGCAAAAGGUGAAGAACAAGAAAUAUCUAUCGAGAGAUAUAUUGUUCAACUUCUUGAUGAAGUACCUUUCCCUGCUCCAAGGACAUUACUGCAACUAUCAAGUGCAGAACGUGUGAUUAUGACACAACCUGAAGAUUUGCCUCUGCCGCGCAGUGCGGCUGGUUUCAAGGAUUUACUCUUCAAUCUCGGCGCGGACAAUUGUUUGCUCAUUUUAUUACUGGCACUCACCGAACAAAAGAUUUUGAUUCAUUCACUGCGUCCGGACACGCUCACCGCCGUCGCUGAAGCUCUGUCAUCGUUAUUAUUUCCUUUCAAAUGGCAGUGUCCAUACAUUCCACUUUGUCCACUAGGUUUAGUAGAAGUACUUCACGCACCUUUACCGUUUAUGAUUGGUGUGGAUUCGUUUUUCGAUCUGUAUGACCCGCCUCCGGAUGUAAGCUGUGUAGAUUUGGAUACUAAUAUUAUUACAGUCAGCGAAACACAGCGGCAUAUUCUAAACGUGCGAUUAUUACCGAAAAAACCGGCGAAGAUCCUCAAAACUACCCUUGAACGACUCUAUGAGAGUUUGUGUCAAAAAAAGAUUGUAGACCCUCCUCCUGACCCGGAAUUGGACUUGGAAAUAGAAUUCCAAAGACGACGACGAGAACAAGCUCAAGAGUUGGAAAUUCAGGAAGCUUUCCUCAAGUUUAUGGCGCUGACGUUGAAAGGGUACAGAAAUUUCCUGUUGCCUAUUACCAGAGCGCCCACAGUGGGCACAACCGACCCGCAGGCGCUGUUUCAACUCACGGACUUUUAAAAUCCCGGAUAAAACUAUCAUAAGUUUUUCACUUUAUUGAUGCACACACAGAUGUUUAUUAGGUUUAUUGAAGAGAGUUUCGUAGCUGAUGGUGAUCAAGGCCUAGCGUUCUUUGAUGAAUGCACUGAGAGAUUAGCUCAGGAUGAUGAAGAUAUUCGUUUUCUUGAACCUGAUAUGGUGCAUAAAAGUGAGAGGACUGUAUUUUUAUUACCUCCUGAACCCACAAAAGAAAAUUCACAAAUUUACACCGAAUUCACUUUGAAUCCGCUCCUACUGAAAACCACGGGUAAAAAACGUGAUCAUUUAUCUUCACUGUAUCAAAACUCAAUCCCUGGUUCACCAAUGGCUCGCCGAACAAAGCACGAGAUAAAAUCUGCACAGAAACUCGCGCAGAAGUACGUGAAUCAACCAGCGUUAUGGGCGAGAUGUUUAAGCGGCACCUGUCAUACUUUAUACUUCAUGGCGCUGCCCAGUUUGUUAUCAUUGAAUGUCGGCAGGGAACGCGCUGUGUUACAACAGGCGUACGAAUUGUUAGUGAGAGCCACACAACAAAAACUGGCGUGUGAUGAAGUCUGUUAUCGAUUAAUGAUGCAACUUUGCGGUGAAUAUUCAAAACCGCUGCUUGCUGUUAAAUUAUUGCUCUUGAUGAAGCGGAAUGGGCUUCAACCGAAUGCGCUUACAUACGGGUUAUAUAAUCGUUGUGUUUUGGAAGCCGAAUGGCCCGCACAGAGUAGUUCAAGUCUUUUGCUGUGGAACAAAUUGCGUUAUGUUGUUUUGGGUGCGGCGAGGUUUCGCAGAGCUGCGAAACGUCGACAGGCAAAACGGCAAUCUGUCACAAUGGAUAGCACUUUAAAUUUGUUAGAUCCAGGCGAUCGGGUUGCUUCAAGAUCUUCUUUGGAUUCACAUGAAGCAGUACCUGUUACUGAUGGUGUGUUUGAUAAAAUCUGCACGCGAGUUGUGAGCAUUGUUAAAGGUAGUGCUAGUAAUGGUUCCGAACAAACAGAUUCGGGUGUUAGUUCAAGAGAUACCGAAGGAGAUGAAGGAGAUUUUCAGGAACCCAUUGAAGACAUCCACAUAACUUUCACUCCGCCAGAAAGUCCCGCGGAAUACGUGCGGGUAUUAUCAAGAAGUGAAAGUGCAGGAGAUGCGUUGAUCCUUGAUAAAUUACAGCAGAGUAAUAAGAAGUGUUCACGCUUGUUACAAUUUGAAGAGGAAGAUGAUGGAGAGAAUCCAGAUGAAGAAAACGAUAAGAUUUCAAUUACAAAGAUUUCUCGAAUGUUAAUCACGGAAAACGAUCCUUUGGGUGCAUUUGACGAUCCACCAACACCUCCACCCAUUACACCACCCCCUGAAACCAUCAAUUUAGCACAGAGUAAUCCAUUGACGGAUGAGCCAAUUCUAUUCCGUAGUUCUGUGCACAGAUCUGCAACUUUUGAAGGAAGUCCACCAGCGCAGAACAAACUGCAUCGCUCUGAAACUGUACCUGCUGCAACAGUCGCUUCUAGUUUGGCGAGUUUGGGAUCCAGCAUCAAAAUGAGUUUCGGGUACUUAACAUUUUGUUUUUAAUAACAUAGUUUGCAUGGCGCUUGUU